AGCGGCAGUAAUUUGGGCGGAGAGGAAGAGAAACCCCUCCACCCAAAAGCACAGCGGAGCUCCAGCGCGGUGUGACCGCCGCCAUGGCACAUCUGUGGGGCAUCGGCAACCAGAACACUCGUCUGGAUCCUGAGCAGUAUUUCACCAAACUAGAGCGCAUUGGCAAAGGCUCCUUUGGAGAAGUUUACAAAGGAAUUAAUAACCACACCAAGGAGGUAGUGGCCAUUAAGAUCAUUGAUCUAGAAGAAGCUGAGGAUGAGAUUGAAGACAUUCAGCAGGAGAUCACAGUUCUCAGCCAGUGCGACAGUCCCUUCGUCACCAAAUACUUUGGCUCCUAUCUGAAGGGCACUAAGCUAUGGAUCAUCAUGGAGUAUUUGGGUGGUGGCUCUGCUCUAGACAUGCUAAAGCCAGGACCUCUGGAGGAGGCCUAUAUCGCCACCAUUCUCCGAGAGAUCCUUAAAGGACUGGACUACCUCCACUCAGAGAGGAAGAUUCAUAGGGACAUUAAAGCGGCCAACGUCUUACUGUCAGAGCAUGGAGAGGUGAAGCUGGCUGACUUCGGUGUGGCAGGUCAGCUAACAGACACACAGAUCAAGAGGAACACUUUUGUGGGGACACCGUUCUGGAUGGCUCCUGAAGUCAUUAAGCAGUCUGCAUAUGAUUUUAAGGCUGACAUCUGGUCGUUGGGUAUCACAGCCAUUGAGCUGGCCAAAGGAGAACCCCCGAACUCAGACCUGCACCCCAUGAGGGUUCUCUUCCUCAUCCCUAAGAACAACCCACCCACUCUAGAAGGCAACUACAGCAAGGCCUUUAAGGAUUUUGUGGAAGCAUGUCUAAACAAAGACCCACGGUUUAGACCAACAGCCAAAGAGCUGCUUAAGCAUAAAUUCAUCAGUCGCUACACCAGGAAAACAUCCUACUUAGCAGAGCUGAUCGACCGUUACCGCCGCUGGAAGUCUGAGGGCCACGGAGACGAGUCUAGUUCCGACGACUCCGACAUGGAUGGCGAGGGUGAUGAAGCAGAUCAGAGUCCUAUGUGGACGUUCCCUCCCACCUUAAGACCCGUUCCUAUUAACAAGCACCAGAGAGGAAAUAACCAUGCAGAGAGUAAGACAGCAGAUGUGAUGAUGAGGCAGCCGAAAUCCUCCUCACUCACAACGCUCCUCAUGCCUGUCUUUAGAGAGUUAAAAGAAAAGCGCCGUGUGACUGGAGGCAGCGUGUGUGCAUUAGAGGAACUGGAGAAUGCCUUUAGCCUGGCAGAGGAGUCAAGUCCGGGAAUCUCAGACCGUUUACUCACCCAUGUGAUGGACAGAGUGUGCAGGUUUACGCUCAAUGGGAACACGACACCUCCAAAGCGAUGAGAGCUGUUUGAGAGAACAAUCUGGAUUAAAUGCCACCAUCGACCCAUAUAUCUCCUCAUGACCUCCUCUCCAACAUCAUUUAUAAAAGGCUUGGACCUUUUCAUUAAUGCCACCCAUCUUAUUCUUAUUAUUGUAUAUUAUGGGAUGUGUUACCUCCAUUUUCUUUCUAGAAUAUUGAUUGCUUUUAAAAAGUCAAGAUCUGUAUACUGCAGGAUGUGAUGUUAGACUUACCAUAUUAAUAAACCACAAGGACAAAUAUA